GCUUACUGCUUGCUUACUAUAUAGUUAGUUUACUACUUUACUAGUAACAAAUACUAAAUUUUUGUACAUUUUUGGUUUUGGUAGUUUGGUUUUUUAACUUACAACUCGCCACUCACCACUAGUCUAAUUUUAAUAUUUUUGAAGUUUCCUACAAUAUUAUUUUACAUAAUAUCGUUCAUAAUCCUAUCAUUUAAGCAAGGUGUAACGAACAAAAAUAGGAUCAGUGAAUGUUAUCAUCCAAAAAAUAUCAUUGAAAUGGUAUAAAACAAAUACAUUAUUGAAUACAAUAUUCAAGAUUCUACAUUCAAACCUUGUAUUUGAUAAACUAGUGCACAGUUAAACAUUAAUAAUGAGUUACGGCGAUUCUGAAGCUAAAAUGAAUCUUUCUGCUUUGCAAAGAGUAGAUCCAUACGUUGAUAGUAUUGUACAAACAGCGGGACACGUUGCUUUGUAUUCAUUCAAUGCAGAAGCUAAUGCAUGGCAAAAAACCAAUGUAGAAGGGACUUUACACGUGUAUACACGAUCUGCUGAACCUUUGCAUAGUAUUAUGAUAAUGAAUAGAUUAAAUACAAACAAUUUGAUGGAACCAAUUGAAACCGGCCUAGAUCUUCAACUGCAAGAGCCAUUUUUACUAUAUAGAAACUGUGGAGGUUCCAUUUAUGGUAUUUGGUUUUAUGACAAAGAAGAAUGUGCCAAAAUUUCUAAUAUAUUGAAAUCAUUGAUCAAAAACUUGAUUGUAAAACAAAACGAUAAAAUUACCAAACAAGAAACUGGUUCCACCAAAAGUAUUGAUCUCGUUUCAAUGCUCAGUCGAGCACAAGAAGAUUAUAGGGCCAAUAAGACCAGCUCCAAAGGAUCCGAAACACCAUCUAAGAAAGUUGAAGAAAAUGCCCCCCCUCAGUGUGUUAUGGAUUUUUUUGCAAAAGCAGGAAGUGGAAAAAAUUUCUCAGAUGGAUUACCAUCAUUAUCAAAUUAUGCAAAUACACAAAGUACACAAACUCCAGCUUUAAAAACGGUAUCUAAUGAAACUUUGUUGCACAAGUUGAUGGCCAGUCCAAUUCAUACAGUAGAACAAAUUGAAAUGCAACAAAGGUCAGCAACGCCUAGAACGGACAUUUUGGCGACAACUAUUACUGAGCAAACAAAAACUAAAACAUGUUCAACAAAAAACAUAAAGCCCCGAAGUUUAAUAAAUCAAUUAAAUCAACAAGAUGAAGAUAAUACUUCCCAUGCUAAUCGGAAUGGAUAUCAUCGGCCGAAAGAUAAUAAAGAUAAUUCAUUUAGUGCAUCAUUGAUUGAACAUUUUCUUAAUCAAAGUGAUAUAUCUGAGAAAUCAAGUAUAGUUGUGGGUGCAUCUAUGCCAUUAGAAUCACAACUUGAAUCAGAUGAGCUAAUGCCACCUACCAGGUUCAUAAUGGAUGAAAUUGAAGAUGAACUAGUUACCUCUUCAGUAAAUGCAAUGUCAAUAACAGAACCUAAACACCUGGAACCAGCAACUAAUAGAUUGGAACCAUUAACAAAAAAUCAGUUAUUACAAGCCUUUGAAUACUUAUUAAAAAAUGAUCCAGAUUUUAUGGUUAAAAUACAUGAAGGUUAUGUCAAGUCAUUAUUACGGAAUUAAGAUUAUCUAUUAGGAUUCUAUUACUUUAGUAGAAGUAUGACUAUUUCUUUUCAACAUUUUGACAACAAUUGCAUUAUUUUUUAAGCAAUAUAUAUAUUUUUC